UCAGCCACCGCGGCCAGUUGCAGUUUCGGUUUCUCCUCUGUAGUUACAAGUUCCCAGGCAGCUCCGCCUCUUAUUCGGGAUGGAUUUCUUGGGACCACCCUAGCCUCGUCCUCAGUUCCAGUGCAGCCAGGCCAGGCCAUCUGCGGAGGUGAGAGAUGACGGCGGAGCAGAGGCACAACCUGCAAGCCUACAGCGACUAUGUCCGGAAGAGUCUGGACCCCACUCACAUCCUUAGCUACAUGACCCCCUGGCUUCCGGAGAAUGAAGUGCAAUCUAUCCAGGCUGAGAAAAACAACAAGGGUCCAAUGGAGGCUGCCUCACUUUUUCUCAGGCUCCUGUUGGAGCUCCAGGUGGAAGGCUGGUUCCGUGGCUUUUUGGAUGCCCUAAACCAUGCAGGCUAUUCUGGGCUUUAUGAAGCCAUUGAAAAUUGGGAUUUUCAAAACCUUGAAAAGUUAGAGGAUUACAGAACACUUUUGAGACGUUUAGAACCAGAAUUUAAAGCCAGAAUUAUUCCAACAGAAAUCCUCCCUGAAAUAGCUGAUUGUUUAAUUACUCAGGAUUGUGAAGAAAUUUGGCAGGUUUGCACCACUAAGGGGCCUAUGGCAGGAGCCGAGAAAUUGGCUGAGUGCCUUCUCAGGUCAGACAAAGGGAGCUGGCCCAAGACUCUGAAACUUGCUUUGGAGAAAGAUGGGAACAUCUUCAAUGACCUGUGGAUUAUAGAUGAAGGUAUGAAAGAUGUAGAAAGUGAAGAACUUGAGGAUAAUAGAAUGGAACAUUCUGACAUACAGAUUUUCUACCAGGAAGAUCCAGAAGACCAAAAUCUUAGUCAGAACUCCUGUCCACCUUCAGAAGUGUCUCAUACUAAUUUGUGCAGCCCACUGAAAGCAAGAAAUUACCAACUAGAGCUUGCUUUACCUGCUAAGGAAGGAAAAAACACAAUAAUAUGUGCUCCUACUGGUUGUGGGAAAACCUUUGUUUCACUUCUUAUAUGUGAACAUCAUCUUCUAAAGUUUCCACAAGGACGGAAAGGGAAAGUUGUCUUUUUUGCUAACCAUGUCCCUGUAUAUGAACAGCAGAAGACUGUGUUCUCAAGAUAUUUUGAAAGACUUGGGUACAGCGUUACAGGCAUUUCUGGAGCAACAGCUGAGAAAGUCCCAGUGGCAGAGACUAUUGAGAACAAUGACAUCAUUGUGCUAACACCACAGAUUCUUGUGAACAAUCUUAAAAACGGAACCAUUCCAUCACUGUCUGUCUUUACCUUGAUGAUAUUUGAUGAAUGCCACAACACGAGUAAACACCACCCAUACAAUAUGAUCAUGUUCAAUUAUCUAGAUCAGAAACUUGGAGAAUCUUCAGAUCCAUUGCCUCAGGUCAUUGGACUGACGGCAUCAGUUGGUGUUGGCGAUGCCAAAAAUAUAGAGGAAGCCAUGGCCUACAUCUGCAAACUGUGUGCUUCUCUUGAUGCAUCAGUGAUAGCAACAGUUAAAGAAAACUUGGAGGAACUGGAGCAAGUUGUUUAUAAGCCCCAGAAAAUUUCCAGGAAAGUAGAACCACGGACUACCAACAAAUUUAAACUGAUUUUAUGUGAGCUGAUGAAGGAGACAGAGUAUCUGGCAAAGAGUAUCUCUGAGGAACUUGGCUACUUAUUUCAAAUUCAAGAUAGAGUAUUUGGAACACAGAAAUAUGAACAAUGGAUCGUUGCAGUUCAUAAAGCGUGCAGGUUGUUUCAGAUGCCAGACAAAGAAGAAGAGAGCAGGAUCUGUAAAGCAAUGUAUUUGUACACUUCACAUUUGCGGAAAUAUAAUGAUACCCUCAUUAUCAGCGAGGAUGCACAAAUGAAAGACGCUUUGAAUUACCUGAAGGAUUUCUUUAGCAAUGUCCGAACAGCAGCUUUUGAUGACAUUGAGCAAGAUCUCACUCGGAGGUUUGAAGAAAAGUUGCCGGAACUAGAACGUGUUUCCAUGGAUCCCAGCAAUGAGAACCCUAAACUCAGAGAACUCCACUUAAUCUUACAAGAGGAGUACCACCUAAACCCAGAGACAAGAACCAUUCUUUUUGUGAAAACUAGAGCGCUUGUGGAUGCUUUAAAAAAAUGGAUUGAAGAAAAUUCUGCACUUAACUUUCUAAAGCCUGGCAUAUUAACUGGACGUGGCAAAACAAGUAAUAAAACAGGAAUGACCCUCCCAGCACAGAAGUGUGUACUGGAUACAUUCAGAUCGAAUGGAGACAACAUUCUGAUUGCUACUUCCGUUGCUGAUGAAGGCAUUGACAUUGCACAGUGCAAUCUGGUUAUCCUGUACGAGUAUGUAGGCAAUGUCAUCCGAAUGAUCCAGACUAGAGGCAGAGGAAGAGCAAAAGGCAGCAAAUGCUAUCUUCUGAGCAGUAAUGCUGAUGUAAUUGAAAAAGAACAUAUAAACAUAAUCAAGGAGAAAAUGAUGAAUGACUCCAUUUCAAGACUUCAGACGUGGGAUGAAGUAACAUUUCAAAAAAGAAUUUACCAUAUACAGAAUCAAGAAAAAUUCAUCAGAGAUAGUCAGCCCAAAUCAAAGUUUGUCCCUGAUAAGGAAAACAAAAGACUGCUCUGUGCGAAGUGCAAAGUCUUGGCAUGCUACACAGCUGAUAUACGGGUGAUAGAGGAAUCUCAUUAUACUGUGAUUGGAGAUGCUUUUAAGGAGCACUUUGUAAGUAAACCACACCCCAAACCAUUGAGCUAUGGAAAUUUUGAAAAGAAAGAAAAGAUAUUUUGUGCCAGACAAAACUGUGGACAUGACUGGGGAAUACAUGUGAGGUACAAGACAUUUGAGAUUCCAGUCAUAAAGAUUGAAAGUUUUGUGGUGGAGGAUAUUGUCACUGGACUUCAGAAACAGUACCCAAGGUGGAAGGCCUUUCCUUUCAAGAAGAUAGAAUUUGAUGCUACAGAAAUGUCUAAAUGACCUUACAUUCUUUAGCUACAGGACUGAUAACUUGGAAUAAAGAAAUAAGUCGGUGGAUACAA